AUGGCGAUCGCGGCGCGCGUCCUGCGCCGUCUCCCGCUCCACCUCUCCCCCUCGCUCGCCCGCUCCUUCUGCGCAGUUUCCCCGGCCGCCGCCUCGGCCGCCCCGGCCCCCGCGGCGGCGUCCGCCAAGGUCGCCGACCGCAUCGUGCGCGUCCUCGCCAUCGAUCCCGACGGGGCGCGCCGCGAGGUGGUCGGCCUCUCGGGGCAGACACUCCUCCGCGCGCUGGCCAACGCGGGGCUCAUCGAGCCGGCCUCCCACCGCCUCGAGGAGAUCGACGCGUGCUCCGCCGAGUGCGAGGUCCACGUCGCGCAGGAGUGGCUCGACAAGCUGCCGCCACCGUCCUACGAGGAGCGGUACGUGCUCACGCGCGCGUCCAGGAACCGCGAGCUCAACAAGCACGCGCGCCUGGGCUGCCAGGUCGUCCUCGCGCCGGAGCUGCAGGGGAUGGUUGUCGCUGUCCCCGAGCCUAAGCCGUGGGACAUCCCGUAA